GGGGUAGCGCCCGGCGGGGCAGGGUAACCUUUGACCGGUCGCACGGCCGAGCAGCUGUCACCAGUACAGCCUCUGACAGUGAAACCCCGCUCACUUCCCCUGCGCGGGCACUGAUCGCAGCUGGAUGGAACAAAACAUGUAUAAGAAAAAUGUAAAUUAAAGCAUGUUGUAAAUCGAGCAGAACAAUGAAUUUUCUUCACAGGUAUCCUGAAUAACUUUAAUAGCGAUGUGGACAGUUAAAGUGACAAAUAUGACAUUUGUUUAGUAGAACGAGAGCCGAACGUUCUUUCCGUGGCCGGUCAGGCGGGCCGAGAGCGCCGGGUCUGCGAGUCGAUAAGGGUCAUUUCACGCUUCUGUGUGGCUGACUUUGGUCCAUCGUGACACUGAGCUGUGUGAUUGCGCCUUAUUUUCGGCUGUGGGAGACGCAUAUUAAUGUUUGGAAAUAUUGUUUUGCUAAAUAUUGUUCCUUUGGCGUUCAGCUUUCACUGGAACUAAAAAAUACAUGUUUAUGCUUUCAAGAAUGUCCGGGACAGCCCGUUGAAUAAAAGAUUAUUAAGUUUUUACAAAAACGCAAUUUUCAAAAAAGGCCAUCGAUCGAUUUUGAUAAUAAAUACAUUUUUGGAUUCAGCUCACCGUCAGCUUUCGAAUGGUAUAUACCGUUUCUUUUGAGCCUGAGAUGACCUUCCGACGAACCGUGGGAGAGGGCUAAUUUAAUGAACAAUGACCUGCCAGCCACCUUUCACCCGCAGGCCCUUAAGCAGCCCAGCUCAGACGAGGAGGAACAGCUGAACCUGGCGCUGGCCCUGUCACGCUCAGAGUCGGAGACCAGCGCCAGAGAGGCCCUUCAGCAGCCCAGCUCAGACGAGGAGGAACAGCUGAACCUGGCGCUGGCCCUAUCACGCUCAGAGUCAGAGAACAGCUCCAGUGCCAGAGAGCCACUCUCCAGUAGAAGGCAGUCAGGUGGACGGCCACCGCCGGCGGCCAGUGUACUCGAGGAGCUCUCCUGCCCCGUCUGCAGGGAGACCAUCGACACGGCCACCACCCUCGGCUGCGGCCACACCUUCUGCGCCGGCUGUCUGAGCCGGGCGCAGGCCUGCGGCGGCCACCAGUGUCCGCUCUGCCGCAAACCCAUCCAAUUCACCGUGCACUGCAUUGUACUGGACAACGUCAUCCGGGCUCUGAGCAGCGCGCCCAGCUGAGCGGCCGACACCCGUUUGUAGACGUGCAGCGCGCCCGGCUGAGCGGCCGACACCUACUCGGUAUAAAGACGUGCAGCUUUGCCUGAACGAGCCAGCGCGCCGCCCCUCAGGCUCUAAAUCAACCGCCGAGAACGCACGUCGGUGAGUGGCAAAAGCGGCGAAUCCAUGCGAAAUGUGUUACCGAGAUCGCGUACCUGCAGCAUAUUAAAUCCAAUGGUGGAGAACGCGUAACCGAAAUAAAGUGCAUAAUAUUCCUGAAUGUAUUAUGCAUGUAUUCUGAUGGCCUUGUUUCUAAAUUAUCACGUCUCAGAUCUUUAGCAAAGUAAGAGCAGUUAAUGCUAUUUAUGACAUAUUGUUCUUCGCUUAAUGCAUAUUUUUAGUGGCAUAUUUUGAACUAUUAAGAGGUAAGGUUUAUAUUAGGACAAGAAAAUGUUUAAGUUAUAUGCGAUGUCCAUCUUUUGCGUCAUGAUAUUUCUGUAUCUUUUAGGUCGGAAUCACUGUGACGUCACCCACUAGAUGGCGCUAGUUGGUCGGCCGAUUCGUAUGAUACAAGUCAAGAAUAUGCGGCCGAGACGUAUGUAGAAAACCAAUAGCUCCGGCGGGCGCGAGGGCUAACCUUCCGACAGUUUAGAGUGGUCGAUCGAACCUCUCGUUUGUUUUCUCAGAAAUAAGUCGCGCGAAGUGUGAUGUAUAAUUUUAUCAGCAGUUCCACCUAUCGCGGUGACGUCACGUUGAGCGUGACACGAGGCCAGCCGAGCCGGACUGGUCUCCGUGGCCGGACAGCUCAGGCGGGGAUCCCCCACCCUCUCGGAUGUGUCCUAUCUGCACGGACCGUGCCGCUCAGUGGUGAAUCAGGCACUCGUGACGCACUGUACAACAUGUGCGCAGUACU